AUGAGCUACGGUAAGGCGGUGAAGGGCCUUCACCUCAACCGGCAGAAUGGUCGCGGGGAAAAACCUUUUAAAGACCGACGUCCCCUGCCGCAACAACGUGCCCGUAUACCAAGCCCCCGAUAUCGAGAACCGCAUCACCUCCCGACAUCAGACAAUAUGAGGCCCAUUCUUUUGGCAGGCCACGAGCGUGCGCUCACCCAGAUCAAGUACAACUCGGACGGUGACCUGAUCUUCUCGACCGCCAAGGAUCAACAGAUUUGCGCCUGGUACGCACACAAUGGCGAGCGUCUGGGAACCUACCACGGCCACGUCGGUGCCAUCUGGACUGUCGACGUCGACCCCACCAGCACCCUGAUCGCUUCCGGUUCCGCCGACAACACGAUGAGACUUUGGGAUGUCAAGUCUGGCAAGAACCUCAAGACCUGGGAGUUCCCUACCGCUGUCAAGCGCGUCGAGUUCAACGAGGACGGCACUAAGCUGCUCGGUGUCACGGAGAAGCGCAUGGGUUACCUUUCCAACAUCAUCGUCGUCGACAUCAACCCCGACCCCGAGGCCGAGCAGAGCGAUGAGCGCGUCCUGACCAUCGUUUGCGACGAAAGCAAGGCCACCGUUGCUGGCUUCAGCUACCUCACCAAGUACAUUAUCGCCGGUCACGAGGACGGUUCCGUGUCGCAGUACGAUGCUAAGAACGGUGACCUGAUCUACAACGAGCCCGUUCACGAGCUUAACACGCCCAUUACGGAUCUCCAGUGGUCCCAGGACAGAACCUACUUCAUCACCGCCUGCAAGGACAAGACGUCCAAGCUCGUCACCGCCAAGGACCUCGAGGUUCUCAAGACCUACACCGCUGAUACCCCUCUUAACAGUGCCACCAUUACACCCAAGAAGGACUUUGUCAUCCUUGGAGGUGGUCAGGCCGCCAUGGAUGUCACCCGUACCUCGGCGAGACAAGGAAAGUUCGAAGCGAGAUUCUACCACAAGGUCUUUGAAGACGAGGUUGGCAGAGUCCGUGGUCACUUCGGUCCUCUGAACACCGUCGCCGCAGACCCUACCGGAAAGGGCUACGCAAGUGGUGGUGAGGACGGUUACGUCCGUGUCCACCAGUUCGACAAGGGCUACUUCGAUUUCAUGUACGAGGUCGAGCGGGAACGGAAGAACAGACAGGAGAACUAA